AUAAAAAAGGGCAAUGUUUCAAGCUACCGGCAUGGCGGCUCCGGUUAUGCAUGUGGUGUUUCCCUGUUCUUGGAGGCGACGGCAUGUCCUGCCUCUCCGGAGCGCAAAAACCUUUAAACCCCGUGCAUGUCUUGAACUGAGAGGAAGCAAAGGAAUGAGUGGGUUCCAUGAGAUUGAACUUAAAGUUCGCGAUUAUGAAUUGGAUCAGUUUGGUGUUGUGAACAAUGCUGUUUACGCAAACUACUGCCAACACGGUCGACACGAGUUUAUGGAUAGUAUCGGUAUCAAUUGUAAUGAAGUUUACCGUUCUGGUGGAGCCUUGGCAAUUCCUGAGUUGACAAUAAAGUUCCUCGCACCUUUACGUAGUGGAUGCAGGUUUGUGGUGAAAACGAGGAUAUCGGGGAUAUCUGUGGCGCGCAUUUACUUUGAACAGUUCAUCUUUAACCUUCCAAAUCAAGAGCCUAUUUUGGAGGCAAAAGGAACAGCUGUGUGGCUUGACAACAAGUACCGCCCUGUUCGUGUCCCAUCUCAAGUACGCUCAUAUUGUGGUCACUUCCAACGCCAACACGUUGUCGAUUGAUCCCACAUUCUAAGGCUGCCCAAAGUAUCCAUUAUACUCCUUUGGUUUAUUAGCUAUUUUUAUUUGAUACAUAAAACAAUCAAGAUAUCCAUAAUUU